CAGGGCGCCGAGGGGAGGCCGCGCUCCCAGCGCCCGGGGCCCGAGGGGCGUCCGACUUUGCCAGCCGCCCGCGAAGAUGUGACCCAGUCCUGCUGCCCAUGUGCGCCCCCCGAUUUCCAGCUUGGGUAGCGGCCAGAGGGGCCCCAGCGCCCCGCCUCCCGACCCUGCCGCCGCUGCUGCUGCUGCUGCCGCCACUGCUGCUGCUGGUGGCCGCGCCGUCGGGACGGGCAGUUCCCUGUGUCUCUGGUGGCCUGCCUAAACCUACAAAUAUCACCUUCUUAUCCAUAAACAUGAAGAAUACCCUACAGUGGAAUCCACCAGAAGGCCUACAAGGAGUGGAAGUUACUUAUACUGUGCAGUAUUUCAUAUAUGGGCAAAAGAAAUGGCUGAAUAAAUCUGAAUGCAGAAACAUCAAUAGGACCUACUGCGAUCUCUCUGCUGAAACUUCUGACUAUGAACAUCAAUAUUAUGCCAAAGUUAAGGCCACUUGGGGAAUGAAUUGCUCCAAAUGGACAGAAACUAGACGGUUCUAUCCUUUCUUAGAAACACAAAUUGGCCCACCAGAGGUUGCUUUGACUACUGAUGAAAAAUCCAUUUCUAUUGUUCUGACGGCUCCAGAGAAGUGGAAGAAAAAUCCAGAAGACAGUUCUGUUUCCAUGCAACAAAUAUACUCUAAUCUGAAGUAUAAUGUGUCCAUAUAUAACACUAAAUCAAAUAGAACGUGGUCCCAGUGUGUGGCCAAUCACACGCUGGUGCUCAGCUGGCUGGAGCCAGACACCCUGUACUGCGUCAUCGUGGAAUCCAUCGUCCCAGGGCCUCCUCGCCUUGCUCAGCCUUCUGAGAAGCAGUGUGUCCGUACUUUGAAAGAUCAAACAUCAACGUUGAAGGUUAAAAUCAUCUUCUGGUAUGUCUUGCCCAUAUCUGUUACCGUGUUUAUUUUUUCUGUGAUGGGCUACUCCAUGUACAGAUAUACCCAUGUUGGCAAAAAGAAACACCCAGCAAAUUUGAUUUUGAUUUAUGGAAAUGAAUUUGACAAAAGAUUCUUUGUACCUGCUGAAAAAAUUGUGAUUAACUUUAUCACCCUCAACAUUUUGGAGGAUUCUAAAACCUCUCAAAAGAAUGUAAGUGUAAUGGAAAAAACCAAUGAGGUAUCGGACGUGAGUGAGCCCAGCGAGGACCAGGAGCCUCAUCAGGAGGAGAUGGAGGUGAAGCACCUGGGGUAUGCGUCCCACUUGAUAGACAUUGUCUGCGACUCUGAGGGAAGCACCAAAGGGACUUCCCUAACCCAGCCAGAGCCACCUGGCAGAACAAUGCCCACAGAUGAAACGGUCGUUGAAUAUGAAUGUGAUAUAAGAACCAGUGACAUUUUUGUGGGGCCUGAAGAUCCAGAGCUCAAUUUGCAGGAGGCGGUGUCCCUCCAGGGAAAGUUAUUUGCGCAACAGGCAGCUCUGGCAGAUUUGAGCCCACAAGCACUGCCGUAUCCAUACGUCCCCCAGCUCAGAGACUUGGACCGCGUGCCACUGGAGCAAGUGGACACAGAGGAGGGGCCAGAGGAAGAGCCAUCAACCACACUGGUCGAUUGGGACCCUCGGACUGGCAGGCUGUGUAUACCUUCUCUAUCCGGCUUUGAGCACGACUCAGAGGGAUGUGGGUGUCCUGAGUCUGACAGGCUCACGGAGGAGGGCGUCCUGUCUAGACUCUAUGAGGAGCAGGCUCCAAACAAGGCGCUGGAAGAAAAUGAAACCUAUCUCAUGCAAUUUAUGGAGGAAUGGGGUUUAUAUGUACAAAUGGAAGACUAACACCCAAACUUCCCUCGGCCAGAUCCGGACUGUUACAAGGCACCUGAGUGCAAACUGAUGAGUGACCACACAAUAAAGUACCUGGGGUAGAAGUUUACUCAGA